UUCACCGCGCGGGGGCGCUGUUGCGUGGCCCGCAUUGAACUCGUUUGUUUUCAUUACCAGCAGGAGAUUUAUAAACAACAUCAACUCCGGAUAUUUCGGGGAAGUAGACGAAGAAUAAGGACUGAAACGGUUGAUGUGUGCGAUAUUGCAUUCUUCAGACGGCGGUGGAAAUACCUAACCCGUUAUACGCGGUGUUUAUUUGACGUUAUAGCAAAGCUGGAUAGACUUUAGCAGACGUUAAUGCUAAUGCUAACAGCUGGCGUUAAACAUAGAGGACUGUAUUUUUAUGCACUUUGACGUUUUCUUUGCGGAUUAAAAAAAAAAACUGCCCAAAAUAUCAACCGGUUGUCUGUAAGCUAUUUAGCUAGCUACAUGGCUGCUACUAUAUCUUAUUAAACAUUAAUGUCAUGCUGCUUACUCUAGAGGCUAGCUAAUCAAGGAGUGUCACGUGCGAAUUUAUAUUUUAUAUUUCUCGUGUGAUAAACCUUGCGGUUUAUUUUGUAGGUUGUUUUUUUUUUUUUUUUUUUUUCCUUUUUCUACUGUGCUGUUCUUCAAGCCGGAUCUCUGACGACUUAUGAUUUCGUCAUCACACGUCAUCACUUCUUCAUCUUGGGUUAGAGCACUCACCUGAGCUCUCAGGCUGAUUUGUGACUGUGCUGAUGAAGCAGAAAGAGGCAGCAUGGCCAGCUGCUGGAGACCCACACACUCUUCUUUUAGAUGCUUGUUGUUGUUUGUGUUUGUGCUGACGGUGGAGGGUGCGGGAGCUGAGCGUACAAACAGCUCAGUGGAGGUGGAGCAGAAAGACGGACAGUUUGACACCAGCUACUUGGACAUAGUGACCAGCAAUGUGCAGAUCAUCUACACCUUCAACCACACCGUCACCCGCAACAAGACGGAGGGGGUCCGUGUGUCGGUGGAGCUGCUGUCCGAGGGCACUAAGAGCCCCGUGUUGUUCGUAGUGAGGCAGAAACAGGCCGUGCUCUCCUUCCAAGUUCCACUCAUCCUGCGAGGCUUGUACCAGAGGAAGUACCAGUAUACACAGGUGGGCCGAACUCUGUGCCAGCCCCCAACGCUCGCCCUCUCAGAGACCCAGUUCUUCUACGUGGACGUGUCCACUCUGUCCACCUCCAGCGUCCAGUACAAGCUGCGGAUCAGCCGGGUGGAAAGCUUCACUCUACAGACAAAUAAGAAGUUCAGCUUCAAUGCGACUCCGUCCCAACCCCAGUUUUUUAAGUACGAGUUUCGGGACGGAGUGGACACGGUGAUCGUGAAAGUAAACUCGGAGAAGAACUUCCCCUGCUCUGUCAUGUCCGUUCAAGAUAUCCAGUGUCCUGUGUAUGAUCUGGACAACAACGUGGCCUUUAUUGGGAUGUAUCAGACCAUGACCAAGAAGGCUGCUAUUACAGUACAGAGGAAGGACUUUCCCAGUAACAGCUUCUACGUGGUGAUCGUGGUGAAGACGGAGGACGAGGCGUGCGGCGGGCCGCUCAGGUUCUACCCCCUUUCACCUGAUGAGCUGCUGGAUGCUGGAAACCGGAGCAAAACUCUGGAAGUGGUCGUAUAUCCUGCCAUUGACUCUGAGGUGUACGUAAUGGGAAUGCUGUUCUGUCUCGGCAUCUUCCUGUUCUUCUACGUACUGACCUUCCUGUUGGCCUGCAUUGAAAACAAGAGAAUGCACAAAAAAAGGGAGGGGCUUUUGAAGUCAUCUAACAUGUCGCCGGCGGAGACAGCCUCUCUCUUAGGAAAAUCUCCGCCCUCUCCGUAUGAAUACGGCUCAUUCGGUGAUAAUGGCAGCACGUUGAGCUCAGAACCCGUGACGGACAGUUUGGCCUCCACCGACGCUAAUUACGGAUAUUUGGGACAGGAGGCUUUCAAGCGUCGGCCAAUCGGCACACGCCACACAGUCAUCCGCUUUGAACGCUCAUUGGACACAGUGGGUCGCUGCAGACAGGAGUCUCUGAGCUCAGUGGAAGAGGAUGACUACGACACGCUGGCCGAUAUCGACUCGGACAAGAACAUCGUCCGCACCAAGAAGUACCUGUUUGUCUCUGAUCUGGCUCGGAAAGACAAGCGAGUGCUGAGCAAAAAGUACCAGAUCUACUUCUGGAACAUUUCCACCAUCGCCGUGUUCUACGCUCUGCCCGUGAUCCAGCUGGUCAUCACCUAUCAGACGGUCGUUAACGUGACAGGAAAUCAAGACAUCUGUUACUACAACUUCCUGUGUGCACAUCCCCUAGGAGCUCUGAGCUCGUUCAACAACAUCCUGAGUAACCUCGGUUACGUGAUGCUUGGGCUGCUGUUCCUGCUCAUCGUGCUGCAGAGGGACGUGGUGCACAAGCGUGCACUCACGCGCAACGACGUCACCGCGCUGGAGUGCGGCAUCCCCAAACACUUUGGUCUGUACUAUGCCAUGGGUACGGCUCUGAUGAUGGAGGGGUUGCUGAGUGCCUGUUACCAUGUCUGCCCCAACUACACCAACUUCCAAUUCGACACGUCGUUUAUGUACAUGAUCGCGGGUUUGUGUAUGCUGAAGCUGUAUGAGAAGAGACACCCGGACAUCAACGCCAGCGCCUACAGCGCCUACGCCUGUCUCGCCGCCGUCAUCUUCUUCUCCGUGCUGGGAGUGGUGUUCGGGAAAGGGAACACGGCCUUCUGGAUCGUCUUCUCAGUGUUGCACAUUGUGUUCACUCUGUUGCUCAGCAUUCAGCUCUACUACAUGGGCCGCUGGAGGCUGGAUACAGGGAUCCUGCGCAGGAUACUUCAUGUGAUCUACACAGACUGCAUUCGCCAGUGCAGUGGACCCAUGUACAUAGAUCGGAUGGUGCUACUCGUGAUGGGCAACAUCGUCAACUGGUCUCUGGCCGCGUAUGGUCUCAUCAAAAAGCCGAACGACUUCGCUUCGUACCUGCUGGCCAUCGCCAUCUGCAACCUGCUGCUGUACUUCGCCUUCUACAUCAUCAUGAAGCUGAGGAGUGGAGAACGGAUCCAGUGUUUGCCGUUCGUGUGUAUUCUGUUCACGGCUGUAGUUUGGGGCUCUGCUCUUUUCUUUUUCUUUCAAGGACUCAGCACGUGGCAGAAAACGCCGGCGGAGUCCCGUGAGCACAAUCGCGACUGCAUCCUCCUCUCGUUCUUUGACGAUCACGACAUCUGGCACUUCCUGUCCUCAAUCGCCAUGUUCGGCUCCUUCCUGGUCCUGCUGACGAUGGACGACGACCUGGACGCGGUUCAGCGAGACAAAAUCUACGUCUUCUAGCACCUUCUUGAGUAGAUCCUAGGUGUUAAACAGCCGGGGGGGGCGGCACCCUACGUUACACUGACUCUGAUCGGACACUCGACGUGCCAAUCAAAUCUGCACAUUAGCACAGCGCUGGCCCGGAGCGACUGAGACGAAACCUGCCAAGCAAACAGCAAUGCAUUUACACACUGCUAGUGUUUUCACUGUAUGCUGAGAGAGAGUGCGCGUGCGUGCGUGUGUGUGUGCGUGUGUGUGUGUGUGUGUGUGUGUGUGUCCUGUCAACCUGUGGCCUUCUGUGUUUUUGAUCUUUGUUCCUGUGGGAUUGAUCGAUUGAUCGUAGCUCACUGUAAUCGAGUACACCUUUUCUAAGGAUGACUGAUGGAAUCUACUUUGCAAUGUCUGUAAAAAGAAAAAUGUAAGAGUAAAGAAAUGCUUUUAAUGAUAGACGGUUACUGAAUAAAGUAUUUGUAAGUUUUUUUCAA